CAAUAAUCUGCCUCGACCCGUUUCCCGUAUUGCCCAGCCUCUCCUUCCUUCCUUCCCAUUCAAGCGCCUCAAGGUUAUAACUCUUCCCUGGCUCACCAGAUUCUAGGGUUUUGGUCAUCCUUCUCUCCGUCCCGCGCCCUAAAGUUUCAGCGAACUUUGUGAUGAAGAAGAAGAAGCAACAGAAUGAUGUUGUGGAACCUGAACGCGAGAUCGAUUUGAAGUCCCUAAUUCACCAGCAUUCUCAAUUCUUCGACAAGUUGGUCGAGCUGAUCCCGGCCAAGUUCUACCUGUCUAAGGACGAGGACAAGCCAUGGUUUCAAGGACUCAGCAAGGCUAAGAGGGACGCAGCCAAGAAGCAAGCGAGGGAAAACAUCAAGAAGGCCAGGAGAGAUCGGUUGGACCCCGACAAGGCUAAUGUGACCACCCUCGAUUUGCUGAAGCAAAACUUGGAGAAGGAGAAACAGAAGGAAGAAAAAGAAGAAGAAGAAGUGGAGAUCAACCCUGUGAUAUCUGGUGUGAAAGAUGAUGCUAGGUCAGCAACAUACGAGGAUCUCCGGGAACGUUACAAGAGGAAGCUGGAAGAGCUCAGAGGCGAGCGGAAGGCUGAUGGCACUUCAAGAAGACAGCAGAAGAGGGAGGAAAGGCAGGAAUUUAGGAGCAAGCGCAAGCGGGAGCACGGCUCUGGAGGGAAGAAGGCUGUAGCAACCAAGGCCGAGAUAGCUAAAAAUGUCGAGAAGGAGGCCGAGGAAGCUACGAAGGAGCUGCGAUUCAGUCACGUGAAGAUCGGGGACGAAGACGAUCACGGGAUGAUGAAGAAGAAGAGGAAGCUCUCGAAGCGGCAGGAGCUCGAGAAGGCGAAAGAGCUGCAGGAGGCCAAGGCGGACCCGGAGAAAGGCGCCAAGGAGUCCUGGAGAGCAGCGACAAGUAAAGCAGCCGGGGUGAAGGUCCACGACGACCCGAAGCUGCUGAAGCAGAGCAUAAAGAAGGAGAAGAAGAGGCAGCAGAAGAAUGCGGAGAAGUGGAAGGAGAGGGUGGAGAGCCAGCACAAGGUGAAGGCUGGGAAGCAGGAGAAGCGGUCGCAGAACAUAGCCGGGAGGAUUCAGGAGAAGAAGGCGAGGAAGAUCGCCAAGCGCGAGAAGAAGCUGAUGCGGCCCGGGUUUGAAGGUCGCAAGGAAGGUUACAUCAACGAAGCCACUUCAACAUAG